GGUUCUACCUCCAAAACCACUCUGUCUGGGGAACAUGACAGCCAGACCAAAGCUAAGAGUCCAGUCCAUCUGGAGAGACCAGUCUCCCCUGUACCCAGCUGUGUGUCCAUGAAGAAUGGCUGGUCUAUGGAUCCACCUCUUACAUUCAGAGAUGGACACCCCUCUACUGAACAGAGCAGGACCCAUCAGGAGAGACCAGGCUCUAGUCUGCAGCCCUCCCCGGCUCUGAAGAGGGGGCGGAGCAGCGACCGGGACGACUCGGAAGAGGGGGGGCCAAGUACAAUUCGGAGACAAAAGGGGGGAAAUGAAAAAAGAGAAAAGGAGAGACCAGACCCCCCUGUACCCAGCUGUGUGUCCAUGAAGAGUGACUGGUCUAUGGAUCUACCUUAUACAUUCAGAUAUGGACGCCCCUCUACUGAACAGAGCAGGACCCAUCAGGAGAGACCAGACCCCCCUGCACCCAGCUGUGUGUCCAUGAAGAGUGACCACUCUAUAGGACGAAUUAUUGAUUUCAAAGAUGGACACCCCUCUACUGAACAGAGAGACCACCAGGAGAGGUCAGAGGUUCUCAGUGGUCAGUCUGUCCAGGAGCAUCAAACAGACCUGGACUCCAUAUUUAUGCUGCUUGAGGAGAACAUUGUCACUUUUGUGAAGAAGGAGCUGAAGAGGUUCCAGAAGGUUCUGAGUUCAGAUUACCCAGAGUGCUUAGGGAGACAGAGGGAAGAGGAGGAGCAGAGCAGCAGUACCAGAGAGGCACUUUUGAAGAUCACCCAGCACUUCCUGAGGAGUAUGAAGCAGGAGGAGCUGGCUGCCCGUCUGGAGAGCAAAAUCCUUGUUCCCAUGUGCCGGAGUAACCUCAAAGCAGCUCUGAAGGAGAAGUUUCAGUGUUUGUUUGAGGGCAUCGCUAAACCAGGAGAGUCAACACUUCUGAAUCAGAUCUACACAGAGCUCUACAUCACAGAGGGAGGCAGUGGAGAGGUCAAUAAUGAACAUGAGGUCAGGCAGAUUGAAACAGCAUCCAGGAAACCAGCAAGACCAGAAAUACUGAUCACAUGUGAGGACAUUUUUAAACCCUUACCUGGACAAGAUAAACCAAUCAGAACAUUGAUGACAAGGGGAGUGGCUGGCAUCGGGAAAACAGUCUUAACAAAGAAGUUCACUCUGGACUGGGCUGAAGACAAAACCAACCCCAAUAUAGACUUCACAUUUCCAUUCACGUUCAGAGAGCUGAAUGUGCUGAAAGAUAAAAAGUUCAGCUUGGUGGGACUUCUUCAUCACUUCUUUAUUGAAACCAAGAAAGCAGGAAUCUGCAGCUUUGACAAGUUCCAAGUUGUGUUCAUCUUUGACGGUCUGGAUGAGUGUCGACUUCCUCUGGACUUCCAGAACAAUGAGAUCUGGACUGAUGUCACAAAGUCCACCUCAGUGGACGUGCUGCUGACAAACCUCAUCAAGGGGAAUAUGCUUCCAUCUGCUCGCCUCUGGAUAACCACACGGCCUGCAGCAGCCAAUCAGAUCCCUCCUGAGUGGGUUGACAUGGUGACAGAGGUGAGAGGGUUCACUGAUCCACAGAAGAAGGAGUACUUCAGGAAGAGAUUCAGAGAUGAGGAGCAAGCCAGAAGAAUCAUCUCACACAUCAAGACAUCACGAAGCCUCCACAUCAUGUGUCACAUCCCAGUCUUCUGUUGGAUCACUGCUACAGUUCUGGAUCACGUGUUGGGAACAGAUGAGAGAGGAGAGAUGCCCAAGACCCUGACUGAGAUGUACAUCCACUUCCUGGUGGUUCAGUCCAUCCAGGGGAAUGUGAAGUAUCAUGGGAGAUCUGAGACAGAGCCAUUCUGGAAUACAGAGAGCAGGAAGAUGAUUGAGUCUCUGGGGAAACUGGCCUUUGAACAGCUGGAGAAAGGCAACCUGAUCUUCUAUGAAGCAGACCUGACAGAGUGUGGCAUUGAUAUCAGAGCAGCCUCAGUGUACUCAGGAGUGUUCACGCAGAUCUUUAAAGAGGAGUGUGGGCUCUACCAGGACAAGGUCUUCUGCUUUGUCCAUCUGAGCAUUCAGGAGUUUCUGGCUGCUCUUUAUGUCUUUCUCUCAUUCAUCAAAACUGGAGUCAAUCUGCUGUCAGAAACCCAGUCAACCUCCUGCAGGUGUAAACCACUUGGAGAUGAACGUGAAAAACCAGACCUCUACCAGACAGCAGUGGACAAGGCGUUAGAGAGUCCAAACGGACAUCUGGACUUGUUCCUGCGCUUCCUCCUGGGCCUCUCACUGGAGCGCAGUCGGAAUCUCCUACGAGGCCUGCUGGGAAAGACAGGAAGUAUGUCAAAGACCAAUAAGAAAAGAGUCCUGUACAUCCAGGAGAAGAUCAGGGAGGAUCUCUCUCCAGAGAGAAGCAUCAAUCUGUUCCACUGUCUGAAUGAACUGAAUGACCAUUCUCUAGUGGAGGAGAUCCAACAGUACCUGACAUCAGGAAGACUCUCCACAGACCAGCUCUCUCCUGCUCAGUGGUCAGCUCUGGUCUUCAUCUUAUUGUCUUCAGAAAAGGAGCUGGAGGUGUUUGACCUGAAGAAAUACUCUGCUUCAGAGGAGGGUCUUCUGAGGCUGCUGCCAGUGGUCAAAGCCUCCAGUACAGCUCUGUUGAGUUCCUGUAAUCUGUCAGAGAGGAGCUGUGAAGUUGUGUCCUCAGUCCUCAGCUCCUCCUCCUCUAGUGUGAGAGAACUGGACCUGAGUAACAAUGAUCUGCGGGAUUCAGGAGUCAAGCUGCUCUCUGCUGGACUGGGGAGUCCACAAUGUAGACUGGAAACUCUCAGGUUGAGUUCCUGUAAUCUGUCAGAGAGGAGCUGUGAAGUUGUGUCCUCAAUCCUCAGCUCCACCUCCUCUAGUGUGAGAGAGCUGGACCUGAGUAACAAUGAUCUGCAGGAUUCAGGAGUCAAGCUGCUCUCUGCUGGACUGGGGAGUCCACAAUGUAGACUGGAAACUCUCAGGUUGUCGGGCUGUCUGGUCUCAGAGGAAGGUGUUUCUUCUCUGCUCUCAGCUCUGAGCUCCAACCCGUCCCAUCUGAGAGAGCUGGACCUGAGCUACAACCAGCCAGGAGACUCAGGAGGGGAGCUGCUCUCUGCUGGACUGGAGGAUCCACACUGGAGACUGGACUCUCUCAGGCUGGACCAUGCUGGAGGGUGCAGGUUGGAGCCGGGUCUGAGGAAGUGGCGGACUGAGCUUGCAGGCGGUGGGAUGGCCGCGGGGCAACCAUACUUCGGAGGUGGCAGCGGGCUGGCCGCGGGGGAGACAGACCUCGGACGUGGCGUGGCAGCCGCGGCGGAUACAGACCUCGGACGCGGCGUGGCAGCUGCGGGGGAUACAGACCUCGGACGCGGCGCAGCAGCCGCGCAGGAUACAGACCUCAGCGGCAGCGGGAUGGUCGCGGGGGAUACAGACCUAGGGGGCGGCACGGCAGCCGCGGGGGAUACAGACCUCGAAGGCGGUGUGGCAGCCGCGGGGGAUUCAGAUCUCGGAGGUGGUGUGGCAGCUGCGGGAAAAACGAAUGGGGCCAGGGAUUCCAGGCAGGCGUGUGUUGUCUCUCCUCGUUCUGCUGGUCUACACUCUGCUAUGAAUGUGUCUGAGGAGAGAGAGGAGGGAGGUUCUACCUCCAAAUCCACUCUGUCUGGGGAACAUGACAGCCAGACCAAAGCUAAGAGUCCAGUCCAUCAGAAGAGAGCAGACUCCCCUGUACCCAGCUGUGUGUCCAUGAAGAGUGGCUGGUCUAUGGAUCCACCUGUUACAUUCAGAGAUGGACACCCCUCUACUGAACAGAGCAGGACCCAUCAGGAGAGACCAGACUCUAGUCUGCAGCCCUCCCCGGCUCUGAAGAGGGGGCGGAGCAGCGACCGGGACGACUCGGGAGAGGGGGGGCCAAGUACAAUUCGGAGAAAAAAGGGGGGAAAUGAAAAAAGAGAAAAAGAGAGAGCAGACCCCCCUGUACCCAGCUGUGUGUCCAUGAAGAGUGGCUGGUCUAUGGAUCCACCUCUUACAUUCAGAGAUGGACGCCCCUCUACUGAACAGAGCAGGACCCAUCAGGAGAGACCAGACCCCCCUGCACCCAGCUGUGUGUCCAUGAAGAGUGACCACUCUAUAGGACGAAUUAUUGAUUUCAAAGAUGGACACCCCUCUACUGAACAGAGAGACCACCAGGAGAGGUCAGAGGUUCUCAGUGGUCAGUCUGUCCAGGAGCAUCAAACAGACCUGGACUCCAUAUUUAUGCUGCUUGAGGAGAACAUUGUCACUUUUGUGAAGAAGGAGCUGAAGAGGUUCCAGAAGGUUCUGAGUUCAGAUUACCCAGAGUGCUUAGGGAGACAGAGGGAAGAGGAGGAGCAGAGCAGGAGUACCAGAGAGGCACUUCUGAAGAUCACCCAGCACUUCCUGAGGAGUAUGAAGCAGGAGGAGCUGGCUGCCCGUCUGGAGAGCAAAAUCCUUGUUCCCAUGUGCCGGAGUAACCUCAGAGCAGCUCUGAAGGAGAAGUUUCAGUGUUUGUUUGAGGGCAUCGCUAAACCAGGAGAGUCAACACUUCUGAAUCAGAUCUACACAGAGCUCUACAUCACAGAGGGAGGCAGUGGAGAGGUCAAUAAUGAACAUGAGGUCAGGCAGAUUGAAACAGCAUCCAGGAAACCAGCAAGACCAGAAACACUGAUCACAUGUGAGGACAUCUUUAAACCCUUACCUGGACAAGAUAAACCAAUCAGAACAUUGAUGACAAAGGGAGUGGCUGGCAUCGGGAAAACAGUCUUAACAAAGAAGUUCACUCUGGACUGGGCUGAAAACAAAACCAACCCCAAUAUACACUUCACAUUUCCAUUCACGUUCAGAGAGCUGAAUGUGCUGAAAGAUAAAAAGUUCAGCUUGGUGGGACUUCUUCAUCACUUCUUUAUUGAAACAAAAGAAGAAGGAAUCUGCAGCUUUGACGAGUUCCAUGUUGUGUUCAUCUUUGACGGUCUGGAUGAGUGUCGACUUCCUCUGGACUUCCAGAACAAUGAGAUCUGGACUGAUGUCACAAAGUCCACCUCAGUGGACGUGCUGCUGACAAACCUCAUCAAGGGGAAACUGCUUCCCUCUGCUCGCCUCUGGAUAACCACACGGCCUGCAGCAGCCAAUCAGAUCCCUCCUGAGUGGGUUGACAUGGUGACGGAGGUGAGAGGGUUCACUGAUCCACAGAAGGAGGAGUACUUCAGAAAGAGAUUCAGAGAUGAGGCGCAAGCCAGAAGAAUCAUCUCACACAUCAAGACAUCACGAAGCCUCCACAUCAUGUGUCACAUCCCAGUCUUCUGUUGGAUCACUGCUACAGUUCUGGAUCACGUGUUGGGAACAGAUGAGAGAGGAGAGAUGCCCAAGACCCUGACUGAGAUGUACAUCCACUUCCUGGUGGUUCAGUCCAUCCAGGGGAAUGUGAAGUAUCAUGGGAGAUCCGAGACAGAGCCACACUGGAAUACAGAGAGCAGGGAGACGAUUGAGUCUCUGGGGAAACUGGCCUUUGAACAGAUGGAGAAAGGCAACCUGAUCUUCUAUGAAGCAGACCUGACAGAGUGUGGCAUUGAUAUCAAAGCAGCCUCAGUGUACUCAGGAGUGUUCACACAGAUCUUUAAAGAGGAGUGUGGACUCUACCAGGACAAGGUCUUCUGCUUUGUCCAUCUGAGCAUUCAGGAGUUUCUGGCUGCUCUUUAUGUCUUUCUCUCAUUCAUCAAAACUAAAGCCAAUCUGCUGUCAGAAACCCAGUCAACCUCCUGCAGGUCUAAACCACUUGGAGAUAAACGUAAAAAACCAGACCUCUACCAGACAGCAGUGGACAAGGCCUUAGAGAGUCCAAACGGACAUCUGGACUUGUUCCUGCGCUUCCUCCUGGGCCUCUCACUGGAGCGCAGUUGGAAUCUCCUACGAGGCCUGCUGGGAAAGGCAGGAAAUAAGUUAAAGACCAAUAAGAAAACAGUCCUGUACAUCCAGGAGAAGAUCAGGGAGGAUCUCUCUCCAGAGAGAAGCAUCAAUCUGUUCCACUGUCUGAAUGAACUGAAUGACCAUUCUCUAGUGAAGGAGAUCCAACAGUACCUGACAUCCGGAAGACUCUCCACAGACCAGCUCUCUCCUGCUCAGUGGUCAGCUCUGGUCUUCAUCUUACUGUCUUCAGAAAAGGAGCUGGAGGUGUUUGACCUGAAGAAAUACUCUGCUUCAGAGGAGGGUCUUCUGAGGCUGCUGCCAGUGGUCAAAGCCUCCAGUACAGCUCUGUUGAGUUACUGUAAUCUGUCAGAGAGGAGCUGUGAAGUUGUGUCCUCAGUCCUCAGCUCCUCCUCUAGUGUGAGAGAGCUGGACCUGAGUAACAAUGAUCUGCAGGAUUCAGGAGUCAAGCUGCUCUCUGCUGGACUGGGGAGUCCACAAUGUAGACUGGAAACUCUCAGGUUGUCGGGCUGUCUGGUCUCAGAGGAAGGUGUUUCUUCUCUGCUCUCAGCUCUGAGCUCCAACCCGUCCCAUCUGAGAGAGCUGGACCUGAGCUACAACCAGCCAGGAGACUCAGGAGGGAAGCUGCUCUCUGCUGGACUGGAGGAUCCACACUGGAGACUGGACUCUCUCAGGCUGGACCAUGCUGGAGGGUGCAGGUUGGAGCCGGGUCUGAGGAAGUAUGCCUGUGAACUCACACUGGACCCAAACACAGCACACAGACGCCUCCUUCUGUGUGAGGACAACAGAAAGGUGACAUGGGUGAAGGAGGAGCAGUCGUAUCCUGAUCAUCCAGACAGAUUUGACUCCUGGACACAGGUUCUAUGUAGAGAAAGUCUGACUGACCGCUGUUACAUGGAGGUACAGUGGGAAGGAAAUGUUCAUAUAGGAGUGACUUACAGAGGAAUCACAAGGAGAGGAAGAGGUAAAGACUGUUUUCUUGGAUUUAAUGAAAAGUCCUGGAGUCUGGUGUGUACUAGUGAUAGAUACACUGCCUGUCAUAAUAAUAGAGACACAAAGAUAAGUAUCUCCCCCUCCUCCUCUGACAGAGUAGGAGUGUAUCUGGACUGGUCUGCUGGAACUCUGUCCUUCUACAGAGUCUCUUCUGACACCCUGACACACCUCCACACCUUCACCUCCACAUUCACUGACCCUCUCCAUGUUGGGUUUAGGGUGUGGUCACUUGGCUCCUCAGUGUGUAUGUGUUAGAUGGAGGCGGUAGAGACGCCUCCUGUGUCCUGGAGGAACACUCACACUCCUGCCCACACACACCUGCUGACACGAUAG